CCAGAAGAAAAAGGGGUGGAGCUAAGCACUCACUGCGGUGCUGCCCUGCGUCAGCAGAGAACAAGGAAAGCUUCUCUGCAGAGCUGUCAGCUGCCAAAAUGAACGGCGUGGAAGGGAACAACGAGCUCCCUCUCGCUAACACCUCGACCUCCGCCCUUGUCCCGGAAGAUCUGGAUCUGAAGCAAGACCAGCCGCUCAGCGAGGAAACUGACACGGUGCGGGAGAUGGAGGCUGCAGGUGAGGCCGGUGCGGAGGGAGGCGCUUCCCCCGAUUCGGAGCACUGCGACCCCCAGCUCUGCCUCCGAGUGGCUGAGAAUGGCUGUGCUGCCGCAGCGGGAGAGGGGCUGGAGGAUGCUCUGUCUUCAUCAAAGUGUGGGGACGCACCCUUGGCCUCUGUGGCAGCCAACGACAGCAAUAAAAAUGGCUGUCAGCUUGCAGGGCCGCUCAGCCCUGCUAAGCCAAAGACUCUGGAAGCCAGUGGUGCAGUGGGCCUGGGGUCGCAGAUGAUGCCAGGGCCGAAGAAGACCAAGAUAAUGACUACCAAGGGCGCCAUCUCUGCGACUACAGGCAAGGAAGGAGAAGCAGGGGCGGCAAUGCAGGAAAAGAAGGGGGUGCAGAAAGAAAAAAAGGCAGCUGGAGGAGGGAAAGACGAGACUCGUCCUAGAGCCCCUAAGAUCAAUAACUGCAUGGAUUCCCUGGAGGCCAUCGAUCAAGAGCUGUCAAAUGUAAAUGCGCAAGCUGACAGGGCCUUCCUCCAGCUGGAACGCAAAUUUGGGCGGAUGAGAAGGCUCCACAUGCAGCGCCGAAGUUUCAUCAUCCAAAACAUCCCAGGUUUCUGGAUCACAGCGUUUCGGAACCACCCCCAACUGUCACCGAUGAUCAGUGGCCAAGAUGAAGACAUGAUGAGGUACAUGAUCAAUUUAGAGGUGGAGGAGCUUAAGCACCCAAGAGCAGGGUGCAAAUUUAAGUUCAUCUUCCAAAGCAACCCCUACUUCCGAAAUGAGGGGCUGGUCAAAGAGUACGAGCGCAGAUCCUCAGGUCGAGUGGUGUCGCUCUCUACGCCAAUCCGCUGGCACCGGGGUCAAGAACCCCAGGCCCAUAUCCACAGGAAUAGAGAGGGGAACACGAUUCCCAGUUUCUUCAAUUGGUUCUCAGACCACAGCCUCCUAGAAUUCGACAGAAUAGCUGAAAUUAUCAAAGGGGAGCUUUGGUCCAAUCCGCUACAAUACUACCUGAUGGGCGAUGGGCCACGCAGAGGAGUUCGAGUCCCACCAAGGCCGCCAGUGGAGAGCCCCAGGUCCUUCAGGUUCCAGUCUGGCUAAGCUCUGCCCUCGUGAGAAGCUCUUGCAGAAGAGUCCUUACCACCUUCUCAGCUUGGCUAGCAGCAUGCAGCCUUCUGUCUGCUUUCUCUUCCUGUUGGAUUGUGUCCUUUGGUUCUUCUAAGUCUCCAGUAGUUUCAAGGUUGUGGCUUCCAAGUCUUUGCUCUUCUUUCUCUUGGCCAUCACGAUGUCCUGCAUAGUGUUAAUGGUGUUCCAAGUGCAUGGCCUCCAAACUGCUUCUAUGCCAAGCUCACGUGCUGUAGUUUGUACUGCUUUUCUUUGCAUGGCUUGGUUCCUGUCUGUGAUCUUCUAGGUUUUCUGUUUUCUUUUUUAAAAGUGGUUCUCUAUCAAAAGAAAGCUUGACACAUCCUUACCAAGAACUAGCCAGAUUUCAUACUUUCUGCUGUGUUCCCGAUAUCUAUGUACUGUGAAGAACUGUGAGUUUCACCACUGCAAGAUGGAACUGUAUCCCAAUCCAGCCAUCAGCCCAACAGGACAUUCCAAGCUAUCACCAACUGAUCCUAGCUGUCUUCCUGGGCCUUUGCCAUUUACCCUGCUUGUUAUCUAUAGAAUGAGCAGGUGGCUGGUAGGUGACUACUAGGUAAGAGUGAAGUAUCAGGUGAGGAGUGUUUUCUGCCACCACAUUGUUCUUGUACCAAUGCAUCAUGAUCAGCUACUGACUGUCUGAUAUUUCUAACCCCCAACACAAAAAAAAGAAAAGAAAUGAAAACAAAAACCUUUAAAGGAAUAGACUUUGACCCAGUUUAACUUGCAUUUCUGUCCUGCGGUAGAGCUGUUGGGGAAGGCUGUGUGUGUGUGUGUGUGUGUGUGUGUGUGUGUGUGUGUGUGCGCGCGCGCGCGCGUGCGCUUGUGCUCUUUGUGUAUGUGUUCAUGGAUCGUAAAUGAGAGGUGAAAAAUCUGUUGCUCAGUUUAUGAAUUGUACAGGAAUUGAAGAAACACUGGAGUCUUGUUGGAUUGGAAACUGGAAGGAGUCAGUGCAGAAAAGGUAGAGGGAAAGGAAUUGGUCCAGGGAAUCAAAAUAAGGACUAUGGGAACCUGUAUAAUUGCACACUACUUCUCUCCUGGUUGGAUUGGCACAGGUCCAAGCAGUUCCUCAGGAACUGUCUAAGGACCUAAGUUCCUAGGCAGCACACAGGACCCCCUUCUGAAUCAGUUCCCGUGGCUCGGUUAGCUGCUGGGCAGAAUCUGUAGUCACAUGUGGCAGUGCCCAAGCAAAGCUUAAGUGGCUCCGUUCUAGAAGUUAGUUCUUCUGAGCCCUCACCAACAAAUUAUUCCUAAUCUGGGCAACUUUGACAGGUAACUCCCCCUCUUCCUGUGUUCACACCCACUCUGGUUAAGUCAAAAUUGGCUAGGUUGGGGCAGUUAGAAAUCCUUUUGGGCACUCGAGGCUUGCUCUGCCUUUCUCUCUUUGGCUCCUCUCUUUCCUUCCUCCCUUCUUUCUCUUUGAAUCUUUGAAGCAGUUGCAGCCCAGAGACAGAAAAACAAAACAGACGACAGGUUUUUUUUUUUUUUUUUUUUUUUAAUUUGUCCUCCCUUUGGUUAAGUGCAGGCAGGAAAAAGGUACUGUAAAGUAGACUCCAAAUCUCUCACUGCUCUGACUCUCACCUUUCCCAGAGCAAUGUCUGAAAAUUUCAAGGCAGAUUACCUCCAGUCCUCCCUCCAUUUUACCAGUAAAUAUGUGUUUCUUAAGCUCUAGGUUGAGAAUCUGGGAGAAGAGAAAAAAGAAUCUCAAUGACAGACCCUGUUCCUGCCCUGAGCAGUAAGGGAAUGAAAGCACCACGUUUUAGAAACGUGCCCUUUAGAAGGACAGCGAUUCUUGUGAGGGCGUCAGCCUGUGGAAAUGACCAGAGGGCAACAUAGUGCAUCUUCUUUGUUGUUUGCCUGACCUUGGCCCUUACCAUCAGCUUUUGAAUUUCCUUUCUUGUUUCCCUCCUAACAAAGGAGGAAGCAGGGUGAAGCACCGUGAGAGGGAGACCCCAAGCCUCUUCUCAGGGAUGUGGGGAUGUGAGGGUCUGGAUUUGCAAGACAAGCUCCAUUGAGUUUGCAGCAAUGCUGUCAUGGCUCCUGCGGCUAUAGCCCUUAGCCAUUCCCUUUCUCAUUUAAAGACCCUGUCUGAAGCUUAUCCUGAGCUCCGAGGUUUAGAUACCUUUAGUGGAGGCUGGGAAUUUAAGAGGAAGACUAGAGGGAACAGCCUGUUACAGAGUGAGGUUUUUAGGUUUGCUGUGAUGAUCUACAUAUGGAAGGAGCAGGGUUGGGGGUAGGGGUCCCUGAGGCACAUUCCAGUGUGGGGGUGGGGCACUGGGGGGCAAUCAAGGUGGUUGGGAUUUAAAAAGGGGUGCUUGGAGGAUUUUCCUAUAGUUUGUCCUACUCAACUCCACCAGUAGAUUUUAGCAAACAGAAGUAAGUCUGGGUGAGCCUUGUCUGUGGGAGAUCAAUGGUGUGCACUCCUCAUUCCACUGUGCUUGACCAAACCCUAUUACUCCCUGUCAGCUGACUGGCAGGAUUGAUGUUUACAAGCCUGCCUUUUACUUACCGUUGAGAACAAGUGCAAACGUUGGAAUUUCUGUCAUUUGCAGUAUGAAGACUCCUGUGAAUAUUCAUUACUAGAUUAACUUGUUCUGGUGUCUGUUCACAUAUAGCUGUAUCCUUAGAAGUACAAUCCGUACAAUGUGAUCUCUGAAGUCUGAAGAAUUUUUGAGAACUGUGGCUAUGUCUUAUAAAAGUGGUUUCAAAAAGACAAAUGUAACUCGUCUUACCAAUAUUUCUUGCUGUAGUAAUACUUGACAUUUUGUUCUUAACCAGUGUGAGGACUAGAACUGCUAGCAACUACAUGAGGAUCUUAGUCCUCUGUCUUCUUUGUGCUCGAAGGAAAGACAUAUUACUGUUAUGUUUCUCGUCUGCACCAAAAAUAAAUAAAUAAAACCGAAUAAAAGCUC